AGGAAAUCGUAGGCUGACUAGCUAGCAGCGUCGUUGAAGUCUCUAGCAAGAUAUUACAAGUAUCUGUAUUAGACAUUAGGUUUUACUUUAAGAAGAAUUAGGGGUGUAUUUGUCAUCUAAACUCUUUACCCAAACUCUCUCACCUGACUCACUAUAGGAUAGUGAGGCAGGGAUUUUCACAUAUCGGAAGGUCUGUUAGCAUUCUGCUUAGCAUGCAGCACACACGCAUGCCAUUGUUUUAACGAAUAUACAUGAAAAAUACUGUAAUUCCGUGAUUAUCAGACAUAGUCAGAAGUGGGAGUGACAGCAUCAUGCAUGUAUCCUGAACAUUAUUGGAUUACUGUACAAUUAAAGGCCUAUAGCCCUAUAUCGUAUUUCAGAGCAGAGAUGGGUGUGAAGGGCUUGCAGUCUUUCACUGAACAGUGCUGUCAAGAGGGCUGUAUGCCAGUGCACCUCCAAGAACUGGCCAGCCAGCAUGUCAGGAAUCAACCCUCAACAAGUGACCCCAAUCCUCCUACACUAGUGGUGGACGGUAUGGCCUGUGUGAGGCAGUGGUACAGCUGUCCGGCCUGGGUCCAUGGGGGUCAGUGGAAGCAUUUUCUCCACCUGCUGAAGGAGUGGGUGGGGGCCUUCACGUCUGCAGGGAUCCACCUAGUAUUCUUCUUUGAUGGUGUAGUAGAGGAACAGAAGAGGGCAGAGUGGGUUAAGCGGAGGCAGAGGGUAAACAGGGACAUUUCUAGACUGUUCACCCAUGUGAAGAGGCAGGGCCAGCAGCCAGGCCGGGACUUGUUCUGUCUGCCCUCGGCACUGGCCACCUUCUCCCUCUUCGCUCUGCGCUCCCUGGGCCAACAGGUCCACUGCUCUGUACGAGAGGCUGACUAUGAGAUUGCUACCUUCGCCCUUCAGCACAAUUGCAUUGGCAUACUGGGUCAGGACUCUGACUUUCUCAUCUAUGACAGUGCCCCCUACCUGUCAGUCAACCAGCUGUGUCUGGACCGCAUGACCACAAUGAUGUACUCCAGAGACUGCCUCUGCCACGCCCUCAAACUGCACAUGGCAGAGCUCCCGCUCCUGGCAUGUCUCCUUGGAAACGAUGUGGUGCCAGAAGCAAGGAUGCAGCAUGUGCGUAGCAGAGCCCUGGCGAUCUACCGCAAGACGCAUCAAUGCUCUGAUCCACCACUGAGGGAGAAGGUCCUGGCUGUAGCCCAGCUCAUAUUCUCCUCCCGGGGAUGCCUGGGUCCUGCAGGUCUGGAUCUAUCAGACUCAGACAGGCAGGUGCUGCAGAUGGGACUGCAGUACUACCUACUGCCAGGGCAGCAGUCACUGUGGGAGGGUCUAGUUUCCUCCUUUCCUCCUAGUCCUGUGUGUGCAAUGGAAAGAUACGUUUGCCCGGAAGUCCUCCAGGCAGCCAGGGAGAAGCACGCGCGAUGCGAGUGUUUCAUGGUGUACAACGUGCUGUACAACGGCAUGGUGGAGUGCAGUAACACCCUGGAGGAUAAGGAGGAUGAGGAUCUGGCUCCCCAGGCUCUGGUGUUUCAGCCAUGCAGGGAGCAGAUCUACGGAAUCCUGCUCCCAACACACCCAGCAGACAGCAAUGGAGAUGUCCCAACAGUCAAAGAGUGGUUUGUGUCCCCCAACAGCCAACUGAAGCAGCCCAACAUAGUCUUUCCUGCACCCCUCACCCACUCAGGUGGACAACCAGAUCUGAAGGUGUUGUGGUUUGGGCAGGACUCGGAAUCAUCUAGUCUCCGCCUGACUUGCUUCUUGUCAAUGUUUGGCUGUGAGGAGCUGUCAGUGGAGCAGGGCCAACUAGAAGUUUCUCUCCUGGCGGUACUCUGUCUGGUCACCUACAUCACCAAACAGGUGGAGCGCCUCAGUCUGGAGGAUGUAGACGCCUAUCUGAGCCAGGCCGUCUGUCUCAGGUCCAAGAGCCCCACGCAGCUACGACACACUGCAGUUCCUCAUGUGGACUCUCGGGCGAUCCAGCUGGGCUCUCUGUUUGUGCGCGGCCUGACCCAUCUGCUGGGUGCUAACAGUGCCUGUGGUCAGCCCCUGGCCAUGGAGGGGAUGAUGCCCUGGCACACCUUUGACGGCCUGCUCUUUCACUCCAAAUACCUGAUGGCACACACUGGCACACCCCACCACCUGCUGCUGGAGGACAAUGCCUCCUGGCUCUCCACGUUUGUCGGCCUGAGAGAGAAGGUUCUAGAGGCCUGCAGACGGAAGGGUAGAAUUGUCCAGUCCAUCCCCAGACACAGGAGAACACUCCCAGGGCAGCCGGUCACUGACAGACUGCAGCAGCACAGAGACACCCAGCAGCACAGAGACACCCAGCAGCACAGAGACACCCAGCAGCAUAGAGACACCCAGCACAGAGACACCCAGCAGCACAGAGACACCCAGCACAGAGACACCCAGCACAGAGACACCCAGCAGCACAGAGACACCCAGCAGCACAGAGACACCCAGCAGCAUAGAGACACCCAGCACAGAGACACCCAGCAGCACAGAGACACCCAGCACAGAGACACCCAGCACAGAGACACCCAGCAGCACAGAGACACCCAGCAGCACAGAGACACCCAGCAGCACAGAUACACCCAGCAGCACAGAGACACCCAGCAGCACAGAGACACCCAGCAGCACAGAGACACCCAGCACAGAGACACCCAGCAGCACAGAGACACCCAGCAGCACAGAGACACCCAGCACAGAGACACCCAGCACAGACACACCCAGCAGCACAGAGACACCCAGCAGCACAGAGACACCCAGCAGCACAGAUACACCCAGCAGCACAGAGACACACAGCAGCCCGGAGGAGCUCACUCCAGUCCGAGAGCCAGAUCCAGACCCCCCAACCGACAGAGAUACCAGCUAGCCCCCAGGUGGAGCCAGUACAAUCACUUUCAGGACCCUGGCUCAGGUCUGCCCUGAGUUAUGGUCAGGGUUUGAGAGAGGGACAGGGGAUCGGAGGGAGAGAGAGAGGGAUUUCUACUUUGUGAUUCAUCUCUCUGACAGGCAGGGUUAGACAACUCCUGGGCACUGAUCCAUCCGGUCAGCCCUCUGGCAAGCCAACUACAGGAGAUGUAGAGUAGGUGAAAAAUGAGAUCUGGGUGUCAGUUGGAAUGUGACUGAGAUGAGAGGAAAGAAGAAGUAGAGAUCAGUUGAUAAAACAAAGGAGAAGAGGAGAAGAUGAUGACAGAGGUGAUUAAGUGUCUGAGAGAGCAAACCAGUGGGAUUAAGCAUCUCAAAUCCUAGGACGUAUUGACUCAGCGGAAUAAGAUUGGCUGCAUUCUCCCAUGGAGUGUUUGCAAGCAGGAGGGAGAGUUUGAGAGGUGGGGCUGCAGUUACUCUAGCCAAAUCAAGCUUGAAGUGUGCCACUUCAAACAUGCACUGGUCAGUGGAUUUACCUGUUUCUUGAUCUGUUUAUUUAGCUGGUUAAAUAAAAGAGAAACAUGU